UGCAUGAUUGAUGUCUUUAAAAAGAAUAAAAUUGAAAAAAUUCAAUGCAGAUUUCAGGCAGUAAAGAAGCCUUUGCUCUUGCACACAAUUACCCACGUCAGGUUGAAGCUAUAAAAUGCCAGGUUCAUCUACUUAAAAAAAUUCUCCUAAUUUCACCCGAGCAAUUGUCCCCCAUCUAAAAAUAAUCCCCAAUUUCUUCACAAACCCGCAACUUUGAGAAGAAAUUGUACAAAAAAAUGAAUUCAACUCGCCAAAUUACGCAAGAACUUCGUGCAUUAAUCACUCUACUUUACGAAGUGUGAACAAAACGACUGUUGACUCUCGUUGCAUUUAAACGCCGCAGCUAAACCACCCCCAGCGUAUAUUUCCUUGGACCCACGAUUUAUGCAUAAGCCAAGACGAUAAAAAUUGUGACGCGAAGUAAACGUAGAAAGGGGGAAAAACUAAACCAAUAAAAGCCAAACAGAAGACCUGAACAGUCUAGGGCGCAGGUCUCCAACAACCUGGAGGAGGUCUCGGGCAAUGCUGGAGUCACGCAAGCAGUACUACAAACCGCAGAAGGUUCGUGGAACUGUGGGCAUUGCAAUCUCUCUCCCAAAGCAGCAGGAUGAAGUAUCAAAACUUCAAUGUUGUUGGCUUCCAAGUGCUCGUCGUUGUGAUUAUCGUUGGAGUUACAAGUUCCCAGAGGACAGUAGCGAGACAGGGGAGCGGAAAAGAUCCACCGGUUGUCAAAAUUCCGGAUCAGGGGUCGAUCAUAGGUAGAGAGAUUCUUCUGGCCAGGCCCCAGAAGGUAACGGUCUACCUGGGGAUUCCUUACGCCCAGCCUCCAGUCGGAGAACUUCGCUUCCGACCUCCAGUGACGGAUCCCCCCGUGAGCUGGAAUGACACUAGAAACGCCACGCAAUUCGCCCCUUCCUGUCAACAAACCAACAAAUUCCUCAAGCACGAGAAGUUGUUUCGACAACUCUUGCUUCCGGAUUUUGAGGAACCGGAUGUCAGUGAGGACUGCCUGUACCUGAAUCUUUAUGUACCAGAUGGUCCACCCCCCGAAGAUGGCUGGCCAGUGAUGGUGUGGUUCCACGGUGGUGACUUCAACACCGGCACCCCGGCAAUAUGGGACGCGACAACUCUCGUCAACAAGCAGAAGAUCCUCGUGGUGACAGUGGCUUACCGGCUGAACAUCUUCGGUUUCUUCACAACAGGGGACGCCGAAGCCCCCGGAAACUACGGAAUGCUGGACCAAGUGGCGGCCCUCGACUGGAUAAAGACCAACAUCGAGUUGUUCGAGGGCUCGCCCCGAAACGUCGUGAUCUCCGGUCACAAUGCAGGCUCGAUAAGCGUCGGCCUCCACAUAACGAGUCCCCUAAGCAAAGGAAAAUUCGCGAAAGCGAUAGCAAUGAGCGGCGACGCCAUCGCCUCAGUGCGAACCGCGGACCAAGAGCUCCCCGUGGCGGAACAGGUGGCUGACAGAUUCGCUUGUGUUCACAAGCCCACUUCGUUGCUAAUGGAGUGUCUGAGGCGAAUAGCGCCGAAAGUUUUGCUGGAUGGUACCUCUCAGAUCGAGACCUGGGGCCCGAUAAUAGACGCCGACACGAAUAAUUCAUCAGAUCCCUUCCUUCCGCUUCACCCACGGGACAUCCUAGACUCCGGCAACUUCAAUGCUGUUCCACUAAUGGCUGGUUACACCAGUAACGAACAGUCCCUAGCUUACAUGGAGAUAUCGGAUAAUCCGGACGACGGGGGUAUCAUGUCGCUUUCGAAAUUCGAGAGCACCAUAACCGACGAGAUAAUCUCAUCAAUCCAAAAGCCAGACAACACGAGCACCUGCGAGUCCAAGCCUCAACUGGCUGCUGAUGCUGUGCUGUUCUUCUACAGACCCUAUCCCCCCUCCACAGACCCAGCUGUCUUCAGGGACAGAUACCUCGACAUGCAGACAGAGAAGAAUUACGCAGCUGGUCUGACUUACCUAGCUUCCAAAGUGUCGAAGGAGAAGAGCGCCUUUGUCUACCGUUUUGACUAUCGAUCGAGAACCUCCAAGGUCAUCCAAGAGGUGCCACUCUGGGCAGGCGUCCCUCACAUGUUCGAGCUUCCCUUCGUCUGGGGUCUUCCACACGUCUUUCCAACGUCCACAUCCAGCAGCAUCAAUUGGUCCACCAGUGAUAGGAACCUCGCUGAUGUCGUCAUGAUGCUUGUCGGUAAUUUCGUGAGAUCUGGCAGCCCAUCCUUACUCAAUGUCAGGUGGGAAGCCUUCACCGAGGAGGCACCUGGGAUACUAGUCAUCAACAGGACUAUCAGUAUCAAUCCCAAUGAGAUUGACUACAGAGCACUUGCGUUCUGGAACGAUUACUAUCCGUUUGUUGUUGAGGAGGCCAUGAACCAGUGCUGCAAUGCCACUGGAGCCAAUGGAGCUUCGGGUGUUCACAGAAAUCUAAUUGCGGUUUAUACGGCAUUUGGAGUUGUUGCUCUCAGCGUUAUCAAGAUUCUCGGUUAAUCUGGGGUUAUUGUUUUUUCAGGGGUUAAAUUUUUCGAAGGUUUAUCCAGUGGUUGCAUAUAUUAGAUAUUUAAUGGGAUAUGAGACAUUCCAUACUGAUCUGUCAUCAUUUUUUUGUCUUAUGAAGUGUAAUUGGCAUGUGCAAAUUUUGGGAAAUCUAUGUUGCGAACAAAUAAGAGGAUUUGAGUAAAUGAAAGAACAAUUCUUUUUGGUUUUGCAAAUGCGUUUAGUAACACAUACUUCGAUUUUUCCGCACAAUUUUAGAAUCGGAUUGAUUCAUAAUUAUGAAUUAGUCAUUUUGUAAUGGAAUGUCUCAUAUUUGAUCAAUGAGGAGACAAUUUUGUUACAUUUUCAUCUCCUCAUUUGUCUAAUCAAUUCGUUAUUAGGGACUUGUCAUUUAUUGGUCAUGUGUACAACGAAUAUUUUCAACAUUUACUGAAUUUUUAUUAUUUGCUUCAAUACGGAGAAGAUAUAGAAAAACAUAUAUUGUUUUGGGAAACAAACGGUUUGAUAACUUAUGAAUAUUUUGAUGCUUUGAUAAUUAAUAAUCAUUGUAUGUACCGUCUAUAUAAUAAUAAUUAUUAUAUUAUGUAAGAGAGAGGUGCGCGGCGAAUUAAUGAGGGGGGAGAGGGGGAGAAAGGGGAGGGCUGGUGUGGCCUCGGCGCACGCGCACAUCCAAACAUACUCAUCUUUUUUCCUCAAUUCAUCAUCAUCACAUCCUCAUUAUUUUUAAAAUUCCUAAAUACAAUUAAUCAUUAAUCAAUCAUUUUCCCCCUUGAAGUUUAUUCAAUUUUUUUUCUUGUUUUUCUCAUGCAAAAAUCCCUAUGACCAACGUCUCGGGGCCUCGUUAGAUAAUUAAAUUGUUUUCAUUUUCUUUAA